UUUUCAACAGAAAGUUAAUGUUGUCAGCAUUCAUUAAAAAUAUCCACGAAUUUUAUCACUUUUAUUAAUCAGUUAUAUUUUAAGCGCUGCUUGUCACCGGAAACCCCGCCGUCCCGAUGGACCUGGACAGCUUGUGCCACCUGUGUCUGUGCAAAAACUCCGCCGCGCAACCACCGCAAAUCAUUCCGGAGGAUGUCGAGCUGCGGCGCAAGAUUGACCGCGUGUUUUACUUUGAGAUAUUCCGCGGCUCGGCCAGCCUCGCCAGGUCACCGAUGGUGUGCGUUCCGUGCGCCGAAACGGUGGAGCGGUUCUACCAGUACGCGCAGGAGGUUUCGCUGAACCAGGAGCUGAUUCGGGGCCAGUUGGCGGUGGGGGAACCGUCGACGUCGCGGGAUUUUAAGGUGCAGAUUAAGCAGGAGGUGGAUACGGAGUGGGUGGGGGUGCAGGCGUUGUGCCAAACGGUGGGGGAGGUUCGUCCGGGUGGGGAUGGGGAGGAAGAGUUUGAGCAGUACGAAGGGUUGGAUUCUGAGGUGGACAUUAAGAAGGACCAUGAUUGGGAUGAUGAUGGAGGGGCGGAUGAUGGUGACGAUAUGGAGUCGAGCUUUUCGGAGGAGGAGGGAGAGGAAUUUGCUGAGGUUAAGCCAAAGCGGAAGUACAAGCCGAGGCAGAAGUCGACGGAGCCAAAGAAGCCCAAGAAGGAGAAGGACAAUGUGAGGAACCAUGCGAAGGAGGAAUUUGUGCUGCAGCAUUUUACGUUGAUGUGCGACAUUUGCUCGGAAGCGGUGAGCAGUUUUAAACAUUUGCGGGGACAUUUCCGGGAGGUUCAUGACCAGGAAGCUUACGUACGAUGUUGUGAUAAGAAGAUCUACAAGUCCUGGGUGAUUAUUGAGCAUUACCAGCUGCACAUUGAUCCGCACUCUUUUCAUUGUGAGUUGUGCAACAAGGAUUAUUCCACUUCACGUGUCCUUAAGGAACAUCUGAAAGAAGUUCACGCUCCGAUGGAGGCCAGACCGUUCAAGUGCGACACCUGUCUGAAGCAGUUCGUAUCGCGAAGCCACCUGAAUGCCCACAUCCAGGUCUCCCACGGUUCGUUCCAGUGUCCGCAAUGUCCGAGCAUGCUCGCCUCGAAGAGUUCCCUCACGAAACACAUCACGAUGAUGCAUGGCGAAGGGGAGCGUUACGUGUGUGACAUUUGCGCGCGUGUCUUCCGCUACAAGCAGGGCCUGGACAAACACGUCAAGAACCACCUGGGAACCCGUAUUGAGGAAAAGGUCCAAUGCUCGAUCUGCUCGUCCUGGUUCACCGACCAGAACUGCCUCAACAAGCACAUCCGCCGUAUCCACGUGCAAACCGACCUCGCGUCGCUGGCCUGCGACAUGUGCGGUCACGUGGCCCGUAACCAAAACGCGCUGUACUGCCACAAGCGGCGCAUGCACACCGAGGAAAAGUUCGAGUGCGAAAUGUGCGGCAAAAAGUUCCGCCGGGUGAACCACAUGAGGGAACACGUCGCCAUUCACCACACCGGGGCCGAUCUGUACGGCUGCAACUACUGUCCGGAGCGGUUCAACGCGAAAAACAAGCAACUGGUCCACCGGAAAACGGCCCACCCCGUCGAGUGGGAGGAGGAGAUGCGGAAGCGAGCGCUCAGGGAGUGAAGGGCGAACAACUUUUCAAGUGUGUGGUUGAAAAUUCCAAUUGUAACUAAAGUAAUUCAUUGCAUUCAAUAAAGUGAAUUGUGUGUGUUAAAA